CAUCAUUCAGCUAAUUCAGUAGCUUUUCAAACGUUAGAACUACUGGUGAAAUUUUCAUCUCAUUCAGUGAAUCAUGGUUAUUUCAAUGGACCGUUGGAGAGGCAAAGUGGCCAUAGUUACAGGAGCAAGCGCUGGAAUUGGGGCCGCAAUUGUCGAACAACUAGUCACUGAAGGCUUACAAGUGGCAGGUUUCGCCCGCCGUUCCGAACGCGUCCAAGAACUGGCGAAGAAACUCCAAGACAAAAAGGGCAAACUUUUCGCUGUGAAAGUCGACCUAACCAACGAAGAGGAAAUUAUCAAGGGUUUCAAAUGGGUUACGGACAACUUAGGCCCUGUCCACAUUCUUGUAAACAAUGCUGGAGUCAUCCAACCCACAAAUCUCACAGAAGGUGACACAAAAAUGUGGAAAAAAAUCCUAGAUACGAACGUCCUCGGUUUGUCUAUUGCGACAAGAGAAGCUGUGAAAAUAAUGAAUGAAAAGAAAAUUGAUGGUCACAUUGUUCACAUCAAUAGUGUGGCAGGUCAUACAGUGCCUAAUAUUCCCAAUAUUAAUAUGUAUCCAGCUUCCAAACAUGCCGUAACAGCUUUGACUGAGACCUUGAGACAAGAGUUGAAUCAUUUGGGGUUGAAGAUAAAAAUUACGAGUGUUAGUCCUGGUGCUGUAGACACGGAGAUUGUUCAAGCUAACAAUUUUCAGAUGAAUCCUGAAAUGGAAAACUUAAUGCCGGAAAAACUAUUGAUGUUGAAAAGUGAGGAUAUUGCAGAUGCGGUUUUGUACGCCUUAGGGACACCACCUCAUGUUCAAGUGCACGAAUUAACCAUCAAGCCUGUGGGAGAGAAAUUUUGAAAUGUACAUUUUGUAUUAUUUUGUGUAACAAUGUAACCAUGAAAAAUGUGUGCAGUUUGUAUUUAAUAAACUAUAAAAAACC